UGUAAUAUGUUAAAUGAAAACUAGAAACCAAAAGUACGAAACUUACUGAAGGAAAUUCUGGUUAUCAAGUGACAGCACCAAUCAUGAUAAUACGCAAAGCUUCAGUUAAGAUUGUUGGUUGUUCUGAUUAUGUGAUGGGUGCCGUUUCUUGCAUGCUUCUUUUCUUUCUCUGUUGUCUAAUACCUGAAGCCAGUGCCCAGUAUCUCUUCCUAAACUGUGAUAACAACAACGGGAACUACACAGCUAAUGGCACCUAUAGCACCAAUCUCAACACCCUUUUAUCCACUCUUUCUUCCAACACAGAAAUCAACUAUGGUUUCUACAACUUCUCCCAUGGUCAAAACGCAGACAGAGUCAACGCCAUUGGGCUGUGCAGGGGAGAUGUGGAGAAAAAUCCGUGCCGCAGUUGCCUCAAAGAUGCCGGAGGCAAUAUCACAGAGCUUUGUCCAAACCAGAAACAGGCUGCUAUAUAUUAUGACAACUGCAUGUUGCGCUACUCAAACGACUCAAUAUUUGGGGUCUUGGAUAUUUCUCCCCACUUUUAUAUGUCGAACUCAAAUAAUGCAACAGGAGCGGCUGAGUUCAAUCAAGUGCUUCAAAACUUAUUAAGGGAACUCAAAGAUAAAGCAGCAUCCGGUGACUCCCGUCGUAAGUAUGCUACGGAUAAUGACACAACUACCAAUUUUCAAGCCAUAUAUGGUCUUGUGCAAUGCACCCCUGAUUUGACUCAGACAGAGUGCAACGAUUGCUUGGAUGAGGCUAUCUCACGAAUCCCAACUUGCUGCAACGACAAGAGAGGUGGUAGAGUUGUUGGACCCAGCUGCAAUAUUAGAUAUGAAGAUUAUCGCUUCUAUGAACAGACAACGAUAAUAGACCCAGAGACAACACCACCCACAAUUAACACUUCCACGGAAGGUACUUAUCAUUAUAUUUUGCUUCUCAAUAGCCUAAUAAUUACAGUUGAGUGUCACAACACAACAACAAUUGUCAUUGCCGUAGUUGUGCCUACUGUUGUUGUUAUUUCGCUAUGUCUCUUCAUUUUUAAAAAAGAAGAAAGUGAAGAAGAAGAUGAGGAUGAAAUUAAAAUUGCCGACUCGUUGCAAUUCAACUUUGACACAAUACGAGUUGCUACCGAGGACUUCUCUGAUUCUAAUAAACUUGGACAAGGCGGAUUUGGAGCUGUUUACCGGGGUAAACUCUCCAAUGGACAGAUAAUUGCAGUGAAAAGGUUGUCAAGAGAUUCUGGACAAGGAGAUGUUGAAUUUAAGAAUGAAGUGCUUUUAGUGGUGAAGCUUCAGCACCGAAAUUUAGUUCGGCUACUUGGUUUCUGCUUGGAAGGAAGAGAAAGACUACUUGUCUAUGAAUUUGUUCCCAAUAAAAGCCUUGAUUAUUUCAUAUUUGAUCCAGCCAUGAAAGCACAAUUGGAUUGGGAAAAGCGCUACAAAAUCAUUAGAGGUAUUGCUCGAGGUCUUCUCUACCUUCACGAAGAUUCUCAACUACGAAUUAUCCAUCGUGAUCUCAAAGCAAGCAACAUUCUCUUAGAUGAAGAGAUGAAUCCUAAGAUAGCAGAUUUUGGCAUGGCAAGACUGGUUUUAUUGGAUCAAACUCAAGCAAACACAAGUAGAAUUGUUGGAACCUAUGGAUAUAUGGCACCAGAAUAUGCAAUGCAUGGACAGUUUUCAGCGAAAUCAGACGUCUUCAGUUUUGGUGUACUGAUUCUUGAGAUUGUAAGCGGCCAGAAAAACAGUGGAAUCAAUAAUGGGGAGAAUAUGGAGGAUCUACUAAGCUUCGCUUGGAGAAACUGGAAGGAGGGGAAGCCAUUAAAUAUUGUAGAUCCAUCACUCAACAACAAUUCACGGAAUGAAAUGCUGAGAUGCAUCCAUAUUGGGUUACUAUGUGUUCAAGAAAAUUUAGUUGACAAAACGAACAUGGCUACCAUUAUCCUGAUGCUUAAUAGACAUUCUCUAAGUCUCCAUAUUCCAACCGAACCUGCAUUUUAUAUGAACAGUAGAACUAGAAGCUUUCCAGGGAUGCAGUCAUGGGAGUAUAAUUCAAGGGAAAUGGGAUCAAGUGAACCGAUACUUAAAUCAGCUCAAGAAUCAGAAAAUGAAGCUUCAAUUACUGAGCUAUACCCUCGCUAGAUGUUGUUCAUCAAAGGGGAUUCAUUCAUCGUCUUUGUUUCUUUGCUUAAAACAAAACAGAAUGUCUUGUAGUGUGCAGAAUUGAGUUAAAUACAUCUCACAUCCUUUGCCAAAACUGAGAUUGAAAAUAUCCCAAACUUUUUAACCGA